CCUGACAGCGUCGCUGCGGCGGCAGCGCCCGCGGAGAGCGCAGCAGCCCUAGUCCUGGUGGCAGAGCCUGCGCCGCCGACCGCGGGGACCGCGACCCCGCUCGGCGACGGGCUCGACGCGGCAAUGGUCGUGGACCAGCUUGGUGCGGCACUCGGCCUCCUGGAGUGCGCAUCGCCGUCGCCCUCGCGGGCGGGCGCCCGCAGCCGCAGCCGCAGCCGCAGCCCGCGCGGGGCGCCGCUCGCCCUGCCCCUGCAAGUGACGGCCGAGGACCUUAGGCUCUGGCGGGCUGCCUGGGCCAAUCACUGCGCCCACGGCUGCUCCUCCGACGAGGCCAGCAAGCGGGCCUGCUGGAUUGGCUGGGCGCGGGCGCAUCAGUGGCGCGGGGAAGCGUGCCCCGGCGAUUGGGAGGACCCCCCAAUGCCCGAGGACGCGGCCGUGCAGGAGCUCAGCGACGCGGGCGAGCCGCACGAGACUGCGGCGCCGCAGCUUCGCCGCAGCGGCGCCAACAGCUGCCUCGCGCUAAGCGAGACCAGCGAGACUGAAGGAGCUCCGAUUGGGCUCUUGGACGCAGCGGCUGAGCUCCGCGCGGCGUUCGGGAUCGAGGAGCCCGAUCCGCCCGAGUUCGGGCACGAGGCAGCUGAUGCCGACGAUGCCGAUGCGGCUCUGUGGCGCGGCGUGUGGGGCGAGGCUGAGCAGGAAGCAGCUGAUGCAGACGCAGACGCCGCCGUCGCCACGAGCGAUGACCCACAUGGCGCCGCGACGGGCGGCACAUCGGAGUCGCAGGCAAGCAGCUUGCCCUUGGGGUCAUACGUGGCAACGCCGGUGGAUCUGGUCCGAGCGCGGUCCCCGUCGCCGCCCCCCGCCCCCGUGCCACGGGCAGCAUUGCCGAGUCUGGGGGAGUGGUCGAAGCCAGUCGUCAGGAACACCAAGGAUAUUUUCAGCUGGGCUCACGACGGCCUUCGCGCGCUGGCUGCCACGCAUGGCACAUCGCUGCUAUACGACGUCAAGCGGGCCAUCCACGACGCGACCUACACGACGGCUUUCACCGGCAUAGACGCGCCGGGGACGGCAGGAGCUGUGCUCGCGGCAAGUCUGGAGGAUAUCCUGGGCGAGCCCGUUCGCCCCAUGCGCCACCUGUGCUCCAUUGAGAUCGCGCCAGAGGCGAACAAGGAGCUCGCCCACCUGCCGCACAGCCUCCCGGAGCACAUGUUCACCGACAUCAUGGACUUCUGGCAGCCUGAGAUGAAGGCCAGCAUCACGAAGCUGCUUGCUAGCGAACACGGCGUCACGCUGAAGGACCUGGUGGCGAUCGUGAAGGAAGCGAGGCACCCGCAGUCGUCCUCGCGGCCCGUGCGGACGUUCGCGCGUUGCGCCCGGUGCCGGGGCUGGUGCUCUCACCCGACGGGCAAGGUGCAUUGGGCGGGGACUCCGUGCCCAGAUUGGGCCCCCAUUGGCACCAACGAGGGGGCGGAUGGCCAGAGUUCGUGCCUGUUGGCAAUCUGGGCGGCCCUUCGCCUCGUGCUGCAGGAAGUAGUGGUGCUGCACGAAAACUCACAUCGCUUUGAUGUGGAGAUUCUUCGGCAGUUGCUGGGCAAGACCUACAUCAUCUUCAGCCACGUCGUGGAGCCGCCCGAGUUCGGCUGGCCAGUCCGACGCCAGCGUCGUUUCACGCUCCUCCUGCACAAGACCUUCGUCAUGGAGGCUCGCAGCACCUUGGCCAACACGAUCCCCCUCUUCUAUCGGACCCUUCGGUGCACGCUGGAUCAGUUCUGCAUCGCCGAUGCUGCCGAGCUCAAGGCGGAGCUGGAGUGGGCCCGCAAUCGGCCUUUGAGUCGUGCUCGCGGCGUGCCGGUGACAGACGCGGACCUCAUCCCUUCAAGCCGAGCGUUUCUGGACAGCCUCACCACGUGGGAGCUGGAGAACCUCCGAGAGUACCAGAGGGGCUCGCCGACGCCGUUCGUGUGCCACAACUUGAGUCAGGACGCGAAGAAAGACAGGGGUUGGUCAAGCACUGAGUGCUUCCUCAGCGCGGUGAUUCGCAAUCCGCAGGUGAUCUGGUACGAUGCGAUCCAGCGCUGGCUCACGCCGUUCGAGCUCGGGGCUGCGCAGGGCUUCCCCGUGAGGGAGGAUCUUGCCACGCCGCGCGGGCCCAGCCGGGCCCUGAGCUCGUUUAAUCGGGCGCGCCCGCGCCAGCGAGCCCAGGUCAUGCAGCAAUUCGGGAACAGCAUGAAUCUUCAUGUGUGCGGGGUGCAUUGGCUCUACGUCCUAGCUGAG